ACCUUGUUGCUGGUGGAGUUGAGGGAGGCACUUGUCCCCGGAGGCCGCUGCUGUCCCCUCUGCGGCACCAGAGAUGGCAGAAGCUGUUCAUGAUGCCGGCAAAGACCUGACUGCUGUAAUGAUGCCAUCGCAGCAGAGAGCAGAGGAAGGGGCCAAUUUUAGCCUGAAGUGCAUUAAAGAUAAAAAGGUCCCAGUCGGGGUCACCGUGGUCGUAGCAGUGUUGCUUCUCACCAUCAUCGCGCUGGCGGCUAAGAAAUGCCCGUCCCAUCCAUCCUGCCCCUCUCCCGUCCUUCCCAGCUGCCUGGAAGAUGGGAUCGGGUACAGGGAGAAGUGCUUUUACUUCGUGGAGGAUGAAGCGGACUGGAACAGGAGUCAGAUCGCUUGCUUUUCUCUUGGAGCCCAUUUGGCCACCAUUGACACCCUGAAGGAGCUGCUUUUCCUCUUGCGCUAUGGGAGGUCCUUGCACUACUGGGUUGGUCUCCAAAGGGAAGGCUCUGGACCGUGGAAAUGGUUCAACGGGUCUCUCUUCAACAACCUGUUCGACAUCCGGGGCAAGGGACAAUGUGCCUAUAUCGAUGUUGAUGGGAUCAGCAGUGACUGGUGCUCCCAGAUGAAAUACUCUGUCUAGCAAAAGCGCCCCAGCGGGAUUCAGAAGGAUUCGGAAAUCCUUCUGAAUUUCACCUGAAAUUUCCCCCUCAGCAGAAGAGAUCAACCACAAGCUGCUGUUAACACUACACAACAAGGGAGCUUGGGAGGAGACCCCAGCC